CCAUGCUGUUGUCUGGGAUCCUGCGUAAUUGUAAGCGAGCCGGGCUGCCUUCACAUCCCUCUCGUAUCGCACCUACAUAUACAAGAGAUCCAUCGUUCUUGGAUCACAUUUCUACCUUUAAACUGGUAACGACCAGAAUUCCAGCAAGGUUUAUAUCGCAAAGUAUAUCAUCUAGCAUGAAUGAUGCAGAGUCAAAGCCAGAGGCGAUUGUGCCCACCAACACAAUGAACAAUGAUAGUAUCACGGAUACACCCACGCCGCCAGAAGGUUUCACAGUUAUAGUCGAGGGGAAAGCGAAUGGUCUAUUCCCUGCUGAUAGCUCUGUCUUUUACAAUCCCGUACAAGAGUUCAACCGCGAUCUGAGCAUAGCCACUAUCCGUAUGUUCGAAGAGACUCUGUACGCAGAACAGAAGGCUGAGUUGCUAAAGAAGAUCGCUCGAGUUGAAGCCAAAAAUAUUAAGUGGAGGGAUCCCACGGAACCGGCUCGUGGUAUUCGGAUACUCGAAGGAUUGUCUGCCACUGGUUUGCGGUCCAUGCGCUUCGCGAAGGAGAUUCCCAACGUCAAAACAAUCGUGGCGAAUGAUUUUUCUGCGGAGGCAGUGAAGACUAUCGCUAAGAAUUGCGAAUUCAACGGAAUUCCAGAGGGACUAGUGCAGCCUAAUCACGAUGAUUGCGCUAUGGUGUGUUACAAAAAUCGUAAUAGCAAAGAUCAGUUCCAUGUCAUCGACUUGGAUCCCUAUGGGUCACCCACCACGUUUCUAGAUGGCGCCAUUCAGGCUGUUGCCGAAGGAGGUCUACUGUGUGUGACUGCGACAGACAUGGCUGUGUUGGCUGGUAAUCACUCGGAAGCUGGGUACGCGAAGUACGGCUCUAUGCCGAUAAAGGCUCCGUACUGCCACGAAAUGGCCCUGCGCAUUCUGCUACAAUGUAUCAAUACGCAAGCUGCGCGUUACAAGCGCUACAUCGUGCCGAUGGUUUCGUUAAGCAUAGACUUCUACCUCCGCGUCUUCGUCAGGGUAUACACGUCACCUCUGGAGGUUAAGAAAUCUGCAAGCAAGGGAUCCUUAGUGUAUCACUGCCAGGGAUGCAACUCAUUCUAUCUCCAGCAAGUAGGCAAGUACCACAUGUCCGAGAAAGGCCCUAAAUUCGCAGCUGGCACUGGUCCCAUUAUCGACCGAAGGUGUGAGAACUGUGGCUUUUCGUUUAAAACUGGCGGACCGGCAUGGAAUGGCGCCAUUCACAACAAAGCAUUCGUCAACAAGAUAAUAGAUCAUGCGAAAGCGAACAAAUCUAAUUAUGGAACAUUCGAUCGGAUAUUGGGAAUGCUCACGGUAGCACAAGAGGAAAUCGAAACACCUUUCUACUAUGAUGUCGGAGAGUGCGCGUCAGCUUGUCGGUCGUCCGGGUUUAAGAGAGAGAAAAUUUGGUCUGCAAUUCUCAACGGUGGAUUUGGCGUGUCAAGCACACACUGCAAAGAUACUGGUUUCAAAACAGACGCGCCGCCAGAGUUUAUCUGGGCCAUCUAUAGGAAAUGGGCGACCUUGCCAGAGUCUGGAUCUGAGUCGCAGCAGAUAAAGGAGGGGUCGCCAGCGUUCAAGUUGCGACAGAUGCCUACAAGUCUUACGCGUUUGCAACUCGAGCAAGUGAUAAAGGAAGCUACUAGUGAGGGUAAAAAUAGGGACGACAUUAUGAUCGAAUUCGACGAACCUAAAGAAUUUUAUGAUAUUAGCUUCAAGAGGCAUGAGGGAGCAUUCCCGCCAUCCAUAGGUCUGAAGCUCAAACGAUUCCCUAUGAACCCCACCGCUAACUGGGGGCCGAAGCCGCGUGCCAAAAAAAGCCAAGGUGGCCGAGAAACUACCAAGCAGGCGAAAUUAGGAGACGGUGAAGAAAAAUAAACUCAGUAGCAUGCUUACAAGACUGAUUGGUGGGCAACUCUACACCACAAUUACAA